GUUCAGCCUGAGAUCACAACACCUCCGCAAUCUGCGACAAGGAAAGAAGGGGAGAAUGUAACUUUCACAUGUGAUGCAGAUGGAAAUCCUGCACCUUCAUUCUCGUGGAUCAAAGACGGUUUAGUUGUGAAUGCGAAUUCGAGAAUUACUGUAUCGUCCAAUAAAUUGACUAUAACGAAUGUGACCUUGGCGGACCAAGGGCAGUACUUCUGUAACGCUACCAACGAUUUAGGAAAUGUUCUCUCUACUGCUGCUAUACUGAAAGUACUGUGUAAGUAAACUUUUGUUUAUCAAAAAAGCACUGCAGUUAACAAGUCACGUCACUCAGUUGCUUAACGUGGUUCGAUAAAGCUAGUUGGACUUCAAAGGGACUUUAAAACUUAAGCUGUUAAAUAGUUUGUCUCUGUCUGUAGUUGCACCUACAUGUGUUGAUUUAAUAGUUUGUUUUCUAAUUAUAGUUGCACCUCAGAUCGCAACACAACCUCAGGGUGGACCAGUAAUUGAAGGCCAAAACGUGACGUUAUUUUGUAACGCCAGUGGUAAUCCUGUACCGACAAUAACAUGGACAAGAAAUGGUUCCGUAUUAACUAGCAAUGUUGCCCGGAUUAGUUUUGGAGCAGAAAGUAGAGAGUUGACGAUAACGAAUAUUAACAGAGCUGACAGCGGAGAAUAUCGAUGUGUAGCAAACAACAGUGAGGGGAAUGUUACUUCUGGUGCUGUUACCCUAGACGUACAAUGUGAGUACACGUCGUGUCCAUUUGAUUAUGAUAUGACAGGUAAAAGGAGUGCUAGUGUGGUUACUCGCGGCUUACUACUUUAUAUCGGGUCACUUGGCUGCGAUCGGAGCAUGGUCUUAACUUGAUUAUUUGUUAGUUACUAUUGUAAAAAUUAUUAUUUGAUUACACUGGACUGCGCAGGCUAAGGAUACCAUUGCUCACUUACGUGUGCAGUACUGUUACAAAUUCCCAUGCAUGAAGAACUGCAAGUUCACUUAGUGCACAAGCAGACGGCGACAAGUUAUCGCGUUUCGCUCUCAAGUGAUAACACCAAUACGCUGACGGGAGACACUAUUUCUUAUUGCUUAAUAACGCUAGCUCUUAACUGAUAACAUGAACUGAGUUACGCUUCCCAGAGCAUACAUCGAGAACGUUCGUGGCUAACGUUACUCAUCACAUCAGUAUUGAUACUGUAAAUUGUUCCCCUUUCACACACUAGUUUAGAACACUGCAUCUAUUUUCACUGCUGUUAAUGCACCGCCUUUUUAAAUAUGAAUAAAUCACUAACCAGGCAGUCUUCGGCCAUUAAUGCGCCGAUUAGCCCUUUGAGGUCCUUUCACAGACCGCACUGACAGAUUUUCCAACCCUUUCAUACGCUUUAAAUAGUGAAAUCCUUACCCCCUUUUAUGUACUUGAAGCCUGAAAAAGGUACCCUUUCGGGAGGGGCCUCCCCGUGUAGACCAUCACUAGAGGGAGUCGCCCCGUUGUCUGUGUGCACAGAUUGCUCAGCGACAAAUUGUCAUGCUCUGCUAUCACGAAAUGUUUUAAAAGUUACUCUAACUUCCCGGUGCACAGAUGCUUUUUCGCUUUACAAUGAUAUCCUAAGUAGUCAAGUUAUCUGCACCUUGAGGCGCCCAAAAGUCAUUAUAAGACUAUUUAAGACUCAUUCAGCGUUUGCUAUUCUCCCUUAUUUUCUACUUCAAUCGCAUUGCCUUCUAAUUACAGAUCAGCCUGAGUUUAAUACGCAUCCACAAAAUAAGACAAAGAAAGAAGGGGAGAAUGUGACUUUUACCUGUAAUGCAGUUGGCAAUCCUGCACCCACAUUCUCAUGGACGAGAGACGGUUCUGUUGUGAAUACGACUUCAAGAAUCACUUUUAACGAAAAUAAUAAGACGUUGACCAUAACGAAUGUGAUCAAAGGAGACAGCGGAGAAUACAUCUGUGUGGCUACGAACAAUGUUAACACAGUUCAAUCUAACCCUUCCACAUUAAAUGUACAAUGUAAGGAUACUUUUGCUUGAUUAUUCAGCAUGCUGGGUAGUUAAAUAUAAAGUAGUACUACUGAGGUAUCCAAUAUUUAUUAGGAGGAUCAUUAUUGAAGUACUUGGAUAGAUUUCGACCAAUUAGACGGUUCACAUAAUCUCUGCUCUCUUUGCUAUCAUGAGCUGAACUUGCGCGUGGGGAAUGGGUUGGAAUUGGAAUCGAGAAACAGCAAAUCGUCAUUAGGUUCACAAAGAAAAUUGACUUUGAAAUAAAGUGUUGACAGGCUAAACACGACUCACAUAAGCAAGUGAUAGUGUGAAACGUGACCACCUCAUUUUUUUUUUCACUAACACGAACCUCCAUGCAAAUAGCAUGAAUUUGUGCCAAUAACCAUUGAUGUAGGAUUCUGUUCAGGAAACUUUGGGAAAAUGCAGGUUUUUGUCGAGUUUUAACUGUAUCCUUAGGCUGAGAUCCGCUAGGUUCUGUUUAAGUCUCUACACAAUCCUAUCAAGUUUAACUUUUUGGUUAACAACAUAAUAAUUUCUUAUAACUGCAGUUCAGCCUGAGAUCACAACACCUCCGCAAUCUGCGACAAGGAAAGAAGGGGAGAAUGUAACUUUCACAUGUGAUGCAGGUGGAAAUCCUGCACCUUCAUUCUCGUGGAUCAAAGACGGUUUAGUUGUGAAUGCGAAUUCGAGAAUUACUGUAUCGUCCAAUAAAUUGACUAUAACGAACGUGAACAGCGCGGACCAAGGGCAGUACUUCUGUAACGCUACCAACGAUUUAGGAAAUGUUCUCUCUACUGCUGCUAUACUGAAAGUACUGUGUAAGUAAACUUUUGUUUAUCAAAAAAGCACUGUGGUUAACAAGUCACGUCUUAAUAAACUUGAAACUUGAACUUGAAACUCGUCACUCAGUUGCUUAACGUGGUUCGAUAAAGCUACAACCCCGGACAAAACUGUUGAGACAUUUCCAUCUAUUUUCUAACUUUUGCACCCUACUCCCGUCUCCCCUAAACACAAAAAGUAAACCCCCUCCCCGCUCCCUAUUCAAAGUUGUCUUGGUCUAAAAACCAACGUGUAUAAUUGCCAUGCUAUCCUAAACAACUUUGGAUAAGGGGAGGGGGGGAAUCGGGCAUUCAUUUGGCGGAGGUUUCAGUUUUUGCCGGGAUGACAGGAAAAAACAGGCAUUUUCGCGAUUUGUCUCAACAGGUUUUGUCCGGGGUUGUAGUUGGACUUCAAAGGGACUUUAUAACUUAAGCUGUUAAAUAGUUUGUCUCUGUCUGUAGUUGCACCUACAUGUAUUGAUUUAAUAGUUUGUUUUCUAAUUAUAGUUGCACCUCAGAUCGCAACACAACCUCAGGGUGGACCAGUAAUUGAAGGCCAAAACGUGACUUUAUUUUGUAACGCCAGUGGUAAUCCUGUACCGACAAUAACAUGGACAAGAAAUGGUUCCGUAUUAACUAGCAGUGUUGCCCGGAUUAGUUUUGAAGCAGAAAGUAGAGAGUUGACGAUAACGAGUAUUAACAGAGCUGACAGCGGAGAUUAUCGAUGUGUAGCAAACAACAGUGAGGGGAAUGUUACUUCUGGUGCUGUUACCCUAGAUGUACAAUGUGAGUACACGUCGUGUCCAUUUGAUUAUGAUAUGACAGGUAAAAGGAGUCCUAGUGUGGUUACUCGCGGCUUACUACUUUAUAUCGGGUCACUUGGCUGCGAUCGGAGCAUGGUCUUAACUUGAUUAUUUGUUAGUUGCUUUUGUAAAAAUUAUUAUUUGAUUACACUGGACUGCGCAGGCUAAGGAUACCAUUGCUCACUUACGUGUGCAGUACUGUUACAAAUUCCCAUGCAUGAAGAAGUGAAAGUUCACUUAGUGCGCAAGCAGACGGCGACAAAUUCUUGCGUUUCGCUCUCAAGUGAUAACCCCAGUAUGCUGACUGGAUAUAUUAUCACUUGUUGGUAAAUACUGCUAGCUCUAAACUGAUAACAUGAACUGAGUCACGCUGCCCAGAGCAUACAUCGAGUGAAUUUUCGUGGUUAACCGGUUACUCAUCACAUCAGUAUUGAUAUUGUAUAUUGUUCCCCUUUCACACACUAGUUUAGAACGCUGCGUCCAUUUUUCCUGCUGUUAAUGCACCGCCUUCUUAAAUAUGAAUAGAUCACUAAACCAGGCAAUCUUCGACCAUAAAUGCGCCGAUUAGCCCUUUCAGGUCCUUUCACAGACCGCACUGACAGAUUUUCCAACCCCUUCAUACGCUUUAAAUAGUGAACUCCUCUCCCCGUGUUAUGUACGUGAAGCCUGAAAAAGGUACCCCUUUCGGGAGUAGCGUCGCCGUACAGGCCAUUAUAGGGAGUCGCCCCCUUUCCCCGCGUAUACAGAUUGCUCAGCGACAAAUUGUCGUGCUCUGCUAACACGAAAUGUUUUAUAUCUUACUCUAACUCCCCGUUGCACGGAUGCUUUUUCGCAUUACUGUGAUAUCCUAAGUGAUCUAGUUAUCUGCGCCUUAAGGUGCACAAAAGUCAUUUUAAGACCAUUUAAGACUUACUUAGCGUUUGCUAUUUUCUCUUAUUUUCUGCUUCAAUCGCAUGCCUUCUAAUUACAGAUCAGCCUGAGUUCGAUAGGCAUCUACAAAAUAAGACAAAGAAAGAAGGGGAGAAUGUGACUUUUACCUGUAAUGCAGUUGGCAAUCCUUCACCCACAUUCUCAUGGACGAAAGAUGGUUCUGUUGUGAAUACAACUUCAAGAAUCACUUUUAACGAAAAUAACAAGACGUUGACUAUAACAAAUGUGAUCAGAGGAGACAGCGGAGAAUAUAUCUGUGUGGCUACGAACAAUGUUAACAAAGUUCAAUCCAACUCUUCCACAUUAAAUGUACAAUGUAAGGAUACUUUUGCCUGAUUAUUCAGCAUGCCGGAUAGCUAAAUAUUAAGUUUUACGACUGAGAUAUCCAAUAUUUAUUAGGAGGAUCAUUACUGAAGUACUUGGAUAGAGUUAGACCAAUUAGACGGUUCACAUAAUCUCCGCUAUCUUUGCUAUCAUAGCGUGACGGGGAAUUGGAUUGGAAUUGGAAUUGGUGGAUGAUUUCAUACAAAUCCGGCUGUAUUUUGUCACCCAACUAGAACUGAAGGCGGAGGAGAAAAUUGAUAAAUUGAUAAAUAUCAAGACCUGGCAAGAGAAUUGACUAAGGAAACUGUCCAAGCUGUUUACAAAGUUUGCGCCAUCGACUAAAUUCACACCCACAGACUUUUUCAUUUAUCAAACAGUAGUUAUGAACAUUCUACUCAGAAAUCUUGUCCUGAUUAGUAGCCUUGUACUUUUUCCCUUCCAGAUGCGCCUGGGUUCACCAAACAUCCUGACAAUACCGUGAAAGUAGAGGGAGGGACUGCUAUCUUUAACUGCACUGUAGAUGGAAACCCUGAACCCAGCAUUGACUGGACAAAAGACAACGUGACUCUUAACAUCACAGCAGAUUCAGAUCUAAGCGAAUCAAACUCAGGAAAAGUUCACUCUUUAACAAUACAGAAUGUUCAUCGGUCAGAUGAAGGGCAAUACAGAUGUGUGGCAAACAACAGCAUUGGUUCUGCAACUUCGGAGGCGGGGUCACUCUCAGUGCAUUGUAAGUACCACUUAUUGCAUCGACAAUAAUGUCUCAACCCAUGUAAAGGAAUCCGGAUUCCGGAAUCCGUACAAUUUUUGCUCGUGGAAUCCGGUAUCCUGAGCUUUGGAAUCCAGAAUACAGCUCAAAGAAUCCGGAAUCCUACUAAGGAUUGGAAUCAAGUACCUAGAAUCCGGAAUCCAUGGCAUGGAAUCCAGAAUCCAAGACUGUCUUGGAUUCCCUUGCAUGAGGCAAAAUGUCAGUCAAACCAGGCCGGAUCGGAAAAAGGCCUAUUCUCUAUUGGUUUAUGCGAAGUUUGCUCACCGGAGUUCGGUUGCACCACUAAAUGUAAUCCUGAGGCCAUAUACAUCCUCGGAGACCUAGGGGCAGUCAGUCGACUGACUGCCCCUGGGUUUCCGAGGAUGGGUUAUAUACAGCUAAAUCAAAAAAGGUUCCAUUGGUCAUUGGUAUUUGGGCAUAUAGAACAAUGCAAUGAUUUUCUUGAGUAAACACCAAACACUAGCUUCCCAAUGCCCAUUAAUAGCACACGUUCAAUAUAUUAAAAUUAUAACAUGACCCCGAGGCCUCAGGGACACAUUGCAAAUUUUUCACGACCUUAUUGUCUCACAAUUCCAAUAAGAGACUUGAGCACGAAAAAGAUCAAACCAAAUAUAGAAAAAUGACCAGAAAGCCUCGGUGUCAUGUUAGAAUUUUAAUAUAUCGAACGUGGGCUAUUCCUACUGCUCAAAGCAAUCUUAAUUGAACCAGCUAUAUAAAUGCUAAUUGUUCAAUACACUAACCAUCUAUACAUAACUGAAUGCAAUAACGUUCCAUAUAAAGCUAUAGCGGUAUCAAGAUCACAGACGAUUUUUCCUUUUCGUAAACCUGAUCAUUCGCCGACUCGUGAUACCCUAUAAUUAAAAGAGAUGAAAAUACUCACGACCAUUAAUUCCAUAGAAGCCGGCAGAGAAAGAAUAGGAAAGCCACAAUAAGUAGUAGUCGGACUUGUUACGUACAAAGAAGGCACAAGAAGGAAAGCGGAAACAAUACAGACCAACAUACAGACAGACAGACGGAUAAAAUCACGAUUUUUUUUUCGGUUAAAAUGAGGACCGUCUCGUUUAUCCUUGAAAAACGACGUGAAAUUACCCAAUUUCACGUUAUGUAGGACAUGCGAAGAAUUUUUCUGCCUUUUUAUUUAUUUUGAAUGCGGUUUCUUGUAAUUUAACCUCCACGAAAAUUCGCGUACAUCUGAGUCAAAAUGUCAAAUGGGUUGUGACAAUCGCGAUGAAGUUUUUAAAACAACGCAAAUACUUUUUACUAGUGAUGUUUUCACUGACGUCGUCGUCGCUGCCGCGUAAAAUCCCUAUUGAGACGGAUUAUCCUACCAUAAUCCGUCUAUUCCGACAAAUCGGUCAUUAACACCAAGGUGUGAUUAGCAAAAGCUUUUUUUCGGUUUCCUUUAAAGUUAUGCAAACUUUUCAAAGGUUCGACAUCUCUUGAGCUCUUUUUAGUUAUUGAUUAUUACCGGAUGUAAUAGAGGCAAAACUGAUUUAAUUUUUCUUCCAACGGAGAUUAAUUAAUUAUUUUGAAAAUAUGAACAAACAAUAAUAAGAAGAAAGGAAAAGCAAAAAAAUGCCAAGUAUAAAGAACCGAUUCCGGUUCUUCCCUGUUGGCCAUAUUUGUAGUCGGUGGAAGACCGCGAAAGCCAUCCUGUCCUUUCCAAGGCUGAAACUAACACUCAUAAGACACAAGUUCCUUACCAAAAAUGGUUUGAAAACUCCAUUUUUAGAACUUCCGAUCUGUUUUUGUGUGAAGAAAGGUUAAUCCGGCUUUAUAAUGGUCGGGUCCUCACCUUCAAUAAAAAGGUUAUCGCGUGUUAGUUCUACGCCAAAACAUGUAAAAUAGUAAUAAUAAAACAGCAUGAUACUAAACCUUAGAAAAGUAAAACUAUUGUUAUUUUAUUAAACAUAACUUAAGUUGUUGAUAUAUAUGCCAUUGUUUUGACUUUUACCGUGUUUUAAGAAAGGAAAUGCGUGACGUCAAGAAAUUGUCUCGAACUAUCUCUUCGUGAUAUUUCCUUGUGUGUUGCACCGACAACUUGAGCCGAUUUAGUCGCUUUUUAUCGAUUGCAUCCUUUAAUUCCUAAGUCGUUUUUUUCAAUUGAACUCAAGAAGUUUAGAAAUGAACGUAAAUAGCCUCGAAGUUACGAAUUUUCGACAAAUCUUAACAUUCUUAAGGGCGAUUAACUAUGGAAAUGUGCGGUUUAUUUUGAGUCGUGACCUCACAAAGUACUUUGCCAAUUGCCACCCUCGCUUUCGAUUUCCGCUCAGGGGAGGGGAGAGGAAACAUUUCAGCUCCGUCAAGUUUAUGCUUUCAAAAUAUGGACGAACGCCUUGCAGGAAGAAUCGUCCUAAAAUAUCAUUCGUCUUUUUGGUUUUCUCUCUUUCUGCUGUUGGUAUUCCAUUCGCCCGUUAUUAGUGCAGGUAAUAACUCUUUUCGAUUUUGAAACCAAAUGUUUUUAGUAUUUAUUCGUUGAAUUCACAAAGCGGAAAUAAUUUUACGAUUGUGUAUUUACAGUCGGGUUUCUCGCUUUUAUAUACUUCACCCUUUGAAUCAUGUCGUUUAUAUCUUAAACUCUCAUCCUUUUGUAGUAGAUAUAUAGAUUUUUUAAAAUUUUCCGCACAUUAUGUUCCGAAAAGUACGACACAUAAGUAAGCUGAAACGACUCUUCGUCGGUCUAUUAUAAGAAUUCUCACGGUGUAACUCUAUUCUGAUAUCGUUGUUGGAGGUAAGCGCUUUCAAGACCGCGCUACACCAUAUCUUUCCCAAAUUUUUGUUACAGAGAAACUGCAUUUCUUAUAUAAUAAUUUUAUUGCUUAUAAAGAGAUAAUCGAGUUACGUACAAGUCAACUUUGCUUUCGUUGUACACAGGUGCACUGUCAUGCAUGUAUUAAAGCUUCCAGAAUGUAUGAUCAAUUAAUGUUUUAAUUAUAAAUCAAAGUAUUCUGAGUAUUUUAAAACUAUUUAGCGCUUGUUAUUAAAUUUUCUUCCUCUUGGCCUUUGAUUCGGUUAUAAAGCUGAAAAGGAAACUUUGUUCAGUUGAAGUUUUGCAACAGUAGUUAAUUCUUCAUAUAUUUUAACUCUCUAACUUUGAUAGUAUUGAUAUUUUGUUCAUAUAAGUCUUAUUUUGCUUACAUAUAAUGAUAAGCUUAUGUAUAUUCAAAUGGUAUUCCCUGUACUUCACAUUUUUGGUAACAUUUUCGUUAAUGUUUUAUACUAACUUGUUGGUCUGUUCUUGACUAUAAAGCAUUAAAACAUUGGCAGGCCUUUGUUGAAUUCAUGCUGUGAAUAUCUAUUACAUGCAGCAUCAAUAUCACGAUUAGGCCUUCAAGGCUGUGCUCUAAGGAAAAUUGAAGGGAGCCCAGUGCUCUGAAACUGUAAAAUCUAGGGUGCCCAGCAUAUGAUUUGUAUGAAAAAUCUAAGAUUUUCUAGUCGCCUGAGGGCAAAAGUUAUAAGGCGCCAGGGGCCACUAAGCUCUGCUAGAGCACAGCCUUGGGCCUUACAUGCAAUGAUGGAAAUAUAUCAGCUACGUGUACCCGUUAGUUUUGUGGAUCUUUUUGUAAAAACACCUUUACCAAGGAGAAAAUUAAUUGAAAAAGAAACUAAAAUUCAAGAAAGUAUAUUAAGGGUAUACAUGUAUAUUUAUCAUGUCACUGAAAUGAAGCUGUUUUUUGUUAAAACAGUCUUCUGAGGCUUUGACUUUUAGAGCUAUAAAUUAAAAGUUAACAUUCUAGCAUUCCUAAUUGUAUUAAUAAGAUGGAACAUGUUACCGAGUCCAACAUUUUUUUUUAUCACAGUUGCUCCGGAAGUAACAAUUGAUGGUGGGGCACAACAGUUGGUGGUGGUGGGAAAUGAAAUACAACUGACUUGUCAUUAUAACACAUCACCUCCAGUAUCAGAAGUGAGUUGGGAAAAAGAUGGAAUUGUGAUAUCCACGAAUGGUUCUGUAAUGGUUGGAGCAAGAAGGAAUAUUACUCAUUUCAAUGACAGCACAGUACAGUUAACAAUUGCCUCAAGUAAUUCAACUGACUCUGGGAAUUAUACCUGUGUUGUUAUAAACAGAAUUGAUAAUUCAUCUGCUACUGCAUCAGUUAGAAUACAAGGUUAGUUACAACAAUUUAUUUAUUUACCAAAAAGGUUCUUUGUCUGUUCUGACAAUAGCAAACAAAUUCCAAGACAUGAGCAACAAUUUGAAACAAGUUUGAAUACUUUGUUCAAAUGUGUGGUUCCAGAAAAUAUCCAUACCAUCCCCACGGAAGGGAUCGGAUUUUCCGGGGGGGGGGGGGUCAAUUUGCUUAAAUUUUCAGGGGGGGGGGGGGGGCACCAAAGGGAAUUUUUCCAGGGGGUUUUCGUUUCUGUUUUUUUUGAACAAAUGGGGGUUUCAUUUGAACGGCUUGGACUUUUCGGUUCAAAAAAAGAAUUGUCUUGUGUUGUUUUUNAAAAAUUGCGUGACAAUGUCCCAAUCUCUUUGUUUAUACUUCUUCAAGUGAUGCUUUCUUCUUGAUGCAGUGAGAAAAAAGUACAGGUAUAUUUCACACACAUUUCAUUUGUGUGUGGCUAAGAAUUGUUCAACAAUUUCUUCAUGACUUGAGCACAUAAGGAAUUCACUUAUCUGUUAUAGAAUUUAACAGAAAAUACAUAAAACGCACAAAAUCUGCAGUAAUGAACAAAACUACUUAUUUGUUCACUUCAAUAAGAGAUAGCAAUAAUUCCAGGGGGUGUGUGAAAAUUUGGGAAAUUCUUGAGGGGAAGGAGGGGUUUACAUUUUGGGGGUCUUUUUUGGAAAAUCCAGAGGGGAAGGGGGGGGGGAGGGUUAUGCAGCAAAUCCCUUCUGUGGGGGUUGUAUGGAUAUUUUCUGGAACCCUUACAAUUGCUGGAACUUCAUCAAAGUGAUUUUGUUACUUCUGCAUCCUGCAUCCCUGAUGCAUAAAAAUCGCCAAAGAUACAAAAUAAUUGAUUGCUGCCAUAGGACACAAAGAUCGAACGAUUGGUAUGAAGAUGUUUUUGUAGAAUAUCCUGUUUGAUUUUCACAAGUUGAGUCUUUUGGACUCACCAUAACUUAAUUUGUAACAAAAUCUCUGCAUCAAAGAUGUUAUAUAAGGUUUCAAUUGACCUUUAUAUUUAUUAUGAAUUAAUGAUACCACCCAAAUGUUUGGUGUCAAAGUCACAAGCUGCAAUACACAUUGUCCACAUUUUUUGAAACACAUGUCACAUUAUGAUCUCCCCAAUGUUGAUUCAGGUAGCACCCAUUUAUUUUUAUUUUUUUCUCAUUGUUAGCCAUACUGUAUGCUGCAAAUAAGGAAGUUCUGUUUCAAGCAUUGGCAGCGUGCAAAGAAGUAGUGUCCGAUAGCCCAGGGCUAGUGGAUUUUGCUAUCGGGCUAAUGAAUUCUGUUUUUAACUUGCCCGACGGGCAAGCCAUGUUUUUUGAGGAAUUCGAAUAACAGAACAACUGUGCAAUCAAUUCUGCUUGUCAAAAAGCUUUUUGGGCUAGUUGAGAUGGCGUCUAGGCUAGUGAAUGCUAGCUUCAGCUUGCCCGAAUGGCAAGCUGUAAAAAUGAUUUUCUUUGCACCCUGAUUGGCCAGUCUUCAUUUGUUUUAUUUUGGGUUGGGUAUUUAAAUAGGUGUUGUAGUCAUGAUAGGAGACUCUGCAAUCCCUAAUAGCUGUAGUACUAUUUUCUUUUUGUAGUGGUGCCAGGCCCACCAGAGAAUGUGACAGUUAUCUCUAAGACCUCACGAGUGGUGAAUAUAUUCUGGACACCUGGCUUCAAUGGUAACAGUGAUAUUCUUAACUACACUGUGCAGAUCAGUAUAGAUAAUCGGACAUUUUCAAAUGUUACAUGUCAAGGGCUGUCAAGUAGUAGCUGUGUGGUCUCUGGCUCCUUCACCAAUGCUUCUCUUGAAGGCCUACAUCCUGGAAGGACAUAUUACUUAAAGGUGUUUGCAAGUAACAAAGUUGGUACCAGUACUGCUAGCUCAGUAAUCACCACUACCACAGAUGAAGAAGGUAUACCUUGUUACAUAAAAUUGUUGCUGUUUCUUUAGCCUGAAAAAAAAAAAAAGAAACACCUGUCACCACUAAGUUCCCCCCAAAAUGACUGCAGAUAUUCUAUGCAUAAUUAUGAAAGGUCCCUAUCCAGAUCUGGGUAGUACUUUUGAUUGGCUGUGUCCUGAGGGAAUUUGCUUCAGCCAAUCACUGAAGCACUAGCCAGAUCUGGAUAGUGACACGUUAUUAGUAUGGAGUUUCUGUGCUUGUUAUAAUAAAUUCCUCAGACAGCAUUCUGCAGAGAAAACAGUGGCAGUGUUGCAAAAUGUUGGCAUUUUUUUUUGUCUUGUUUUGUUGUGUUUUUUUUUCAGGUUAGUAUUUAUGAGGUUUCUGUAAUAUAAGUUUUCUUAUUUUACAUGUAAAUUUGUUGCUCUUUCGUCUUAUAUAUAAAGUACAUUUUACUUUUUAAAGGAACACACAUAGGGUGCUUUCCAUCAAACAAAAAUUCCGGUUUGAAAUUUUGGAAAUUCCAUGUGGUCAAUGGAAGAGUACAUUCAGGUUGCACAGACCCGACCCAAGCCUAUGCUAUGAUUUUUUUCUGAAGUUGUCAUGUUGGUGUUUUUUUCAUUGUUGUAGUACCAAAUGCUCCCCCAGGUAAUGUCAGAGGAAACAAUGAAACCUCUACCAGCAUUUUUGUACAGUGGGAUGAAGUUCCAGCAGACAAUCAAAAUGGCCUUAUAGUGAACUAUACAGUCACCUACACCAAGUCACCUGAUGGUAGUCCAACAGAUGAGGUGGUAGUGAUUGCUCCAAAAAGAAACGCUACUUUGACAACAUUGAAAAAAUUUACCAAGUACAGCAUCACAGUGUUUGCAUCUACUGCCAAGGGGGGUGGUAACAGAAGUGAACCUAUCAUUGUCAUUACAGACGAAGAUAGUGAGUACAAUUCUCAGAUGUUCAUUAAUUAAUUUUUUUUUGUACUGUAGCCAAUUUAGUUCCUUAUUUUACAUGGUGUAUCAGCACUUUUAAAAGUUCUUUUCUAAUUAUGAGGUGGGAAACACUUCAUCUUGAGGUGGAUUUAUAACUCUAGUCCACUGGAAUUGCACAUUGCAGGGUUCUCAUUAGUAUCAGCAAUGAGCUAAAAAAACUGGUCACUUUUGAUAUUGAGCCCCCUCCUCUAUGGGGAAUGGUGAGAGAGCAAGAGCCUUAAAAUGCCUUCAUCGAUUGACUGCAAAGCCACCCUCUUUAACAUUCUAGCUGUCUUCUUCAAAACUCAAUGAGAACCCCGACAAUUACCAGGCAAAACUGUCUGUCCCAUUGUUCACUGUCUCCAUGAUAAUCCUAUGUCCAUUUUAGUUAUAUUAUUAAUGAAAAAGAUAUUUACAAUCUCAAUCUUUCUAUAUCUUGCUACAGUUGAACCUUCUGUAACAACCAACCAAAAUGCAAAGACUUAGACUUAGUGUCCGCUUGCGGGAGGUGGUUGCUUACAAGAAUCAAACCACAGGGGGCCUCUUCCGAGAAGAGGCCCAGGCACAUCUGCUUUAUGGAAGAUAAAUUUAUUACAUGCAAUUUCUAAGUUAUGCCAUGUGUAGUCCCAUGUUGUUACUUAAGUUCUUCUUAUAUCCUGAGUAGCAUAAUGCACACAGCGAACAUAGAGAUUAGAGAAGGUGUGAAGUGGUCACUUACGAGAGGUUAAAAACAAUGGAAAAUCAUUGAACGUUCAUGCCCAAAACGUGGUCACAGUCGCUUAUAGGAGGUGGUUGUUUACUAGAGAUUCCAUCUGUAAGUCUUUGACUGGGAAAGUUUUGGUGUUUUGGAUAGGCGGUCACUUAUGGGAGGUGGUCGCACAUGGAGGUUCGACUGCAGUUAAUAUUUUCAAUACUACCCUCUAUCAGUGCACUACAUGUACGUAUUAGCCAAAUAAACUAAUUAGAAGAAACAGGUCUUUCCUCUAAAAUACUACUUCAGCGUGCAAAGAAAGUCGUGUCCGAUAGCCCAGGGCUACAUGUAGUGGAUUUUGCUAUCGGGCUAGUGAUUAAUUUUUUGUUCCUAAUGCUGUUUUCUGGGGAAAUUCAAAUUACAAUCCUGAUAAUUAAAAAGGGUUUUGUGUCUAGUUGAAAUGACUUGUGGGCUAAUGCAUGCUUAGUAUAGCUACAGCUUACCCGAACGGCAGGAUGUAAAACUGACUUUCUUUGCAUCCUGCUACUUGCACAGUACUUAAAUAAGUACUUGGUACACAAGAAACCUCAUCUUUCAAUCUUCCACUUAUUCUUUGCUAAGGCCUACUUAAUGUGAAUUCUGUGAUGCCGACUGUAGACCAGUCCCUAGAUGUUCAAAAGUUUGUUAACAGUAUUCACCAGAUAAAUCGCUAUCCACUGAAUAGUGCAAUAUGUUUCCCUAAUGCAUAUGCACUGAAUAGUGAUCUUUUUUGAGGAUAGUGCCAUUCAGCUUUUGAACAACUGAGGCCUGAUUGCUUCUUUGACUCAGUUCUUUCCCCACAGAAUUGAAAUGUCUUGGCUCAGUUAAAUGUGUUACGUAACAGACCAGUAAUUAUCAGAGUAAGGCUCUCCCUCCUUUGGCAACUUUGUGAAGAUAUUAUUUAGCAAUUAAUGAAAGAGGUUGAGUAGGAUAUGAAGAAUUGAGCAGAUCGAGGAGGGUUUUAUCCACCUCGGCCUUUGGCCUCGGUGGAUAACACCCUCCGAGAUCUACUUAAUUCUUUAUAUCCUACGAAAGCAGAAUUCAUUAAUUGCUUUAUUAUUCAUUCAAAAUGAUUCCUAGUUUAAAAAUAUAGCUAAAACAUGCCUACCUGCAUCGAUGUUAAGUUCUUCUUCGAUAGUGUACGUUUAGGUUUGUCCAGCUCCGCAAAUAUUCUCCAAAUAGCAGAUGUCGCCCUCCGAGUUUUCUUCUUGCUGUUUUUGCCAUGUUUUUAGCUGUUAUCUCGCCUAGUUCCAGCUGUAGUUCUUACUUUUGAAACGAGUGGAAUGUCCGCCAUUUUUUUUUCACAACCAAACAACUCAACCUCGUCCCCGGGUCUUCUCGGUAGCGAUGCCUUAACUAGUAGCGGGCGGCAUUUUUGACGUCAUUUCCUCGUUAAACACAAAAUUCUUCCAAAUUUGGUCAUCAGUAACUGGGUAUGGUGAAUUAUGCGUGUGCUUUUAACCAAUAAGAAUUGGGGAAAUAUUUUGAAUGAAUAAUAAAAGAAUUUAACAAAGCGCGCGGUUUUGUUUUGUAACGUACCAAACGGCUUCGUGGCUUGCUUGGGUCGCAACCUUAUUAAAGCUCACUUUGCUUGCUUUAGAGUCACUAACAAAUUUUUACCCUGUAGUACUGGGCCCAGUUGUUCAAAGGGUAAAUAGCACUAACCAUCGGUUAAAUCACUAUCCAGCGGAUAGGUCAUUAGGAAAACCGAUUGCACUAUCCACUGGAUAGCGUUAUCUACCUUUUGAACAACUAGGCCCUGAUCAAUAAAAAAGGAGUCGACUUGGUGCAAGUCUAUGCCCUCUUUUCAAUGCAAAAUCUAGGGGGAAGCCAGGUUUUUGCCUCAAGAUUUUUUAAUCAAAGACGGUUCAGCGGUUGUCCGAGUGAUGCAAAUAAUUCCUUUAUUAUUUUCUUAAAACCUUUGUCAGGGCCAAGCGCUCCUCCAGUCAACGUCUCGGCACGCAACCUGAGUUCUACCAGCAUUUUGGUACAAUGGGGCGAAGUGCCAGAUACUGAUAAAAACGGAAUUAUACUGAGUUACACUGUUAAUUACCAAGCAACUCCUGAAGGCAAUCCACAACAAAAACAGGUAGUGAAUGCUUCAACGAGGGAAGUAACGCUUACAGGACUCAAAAAGAAUACAGAAUAUACAAUUGAGGUGUUCGCUAAUACUUCAAAAGGAGGUGGAAAGAAGAGCGAACCUCCAAUCACGGUGCAAACGAAUGAAGACAGUAAGUAUACCAUUGCACAGGUUGCUGCUGCAGCUUUGAUGGGGCUAGACACAGACGCUUUUUGUAGGUUUGCAGUAUUACCCAAAUUUCUACUGAUGUAUGGAGCGGGAAAAUUUCAUCCACUGAUCGUAAACUUCGUCUGGCGUUGAACAUAGGGUCUCUCAAUUGAUUUACCGGUCGUUUCGCCAACGCCCUGUUCGGUAACGUCUUAAGUAAUUUUACUUACGUGUUAGGUCACUACUCGUACUUCUUUUGUUUGGUCUGCGACUGAAAGAACAAGGCAUAUACAUGUGAAUCGCUCGUUUCGUUUCUUACCCAACUGGACAUUAGCGAAACGACCGGUCACCUUUCAAUUGAGGUAUGAUGAUGAGGUAUGAUAAUUGGACAAUUAUUGGAUUUUAGCGCUAUAUAAAUAAAAUUAUUAUUAUUAUUAUUAUUAUCCAAUCUAAAUAUCCGCACGAAACCUCGGCAUAAAACAAGGCCAUGCUUAAACAGAUGGCAGCUGCUACUAGGCCACAGCUAUAGGGAUGACUCUGAGUGAUCAGAAUGUCUCCUACCUCGGGGAACUAGCUACAGGUGUAGGCUAACAGAAAGAGCGAUAAUGCCAUAUCAUAUUUUUAGGGGAAAAAAUAAAGUAUUCACUGUAUUUAUAGAACGAAACUGAGAUCCAAGGAAUCCGUAAGAAACAUCGUUCGUAGCAACGAAAUAACUUUGCUAACUCUUUGAACAGCACUGAUUAUAAGCAAAACUUACGUCUUAAUUUGUGUAUUAGAGCUAGAAACGUGGUGAAAUAAUGACGUGAUUUUAUGAACAUCUCCACCCAAUCCUCUGCUUUGCUUCAUUUCAGAAUUUGAGAAAGGUCUCUAUUGUUAACGUAUUUCAUUGAUGUGUUUGAACACAGUUUGAUAGGUUGUUGACCGUUACCAUAUUUCCCCUGAAGCUGAAUUCAAAUCCUUCCCCUGACUUUCCGGUUAACAGAGUUUUAUCGGAUAUAAAGGUCCUUACACGUGACUCAAUAUUAACGACUUUUUGAAAAACAGAUGAACUAAAUUGAAACAAACAGUUUUUGAAAUUUAUAAGAAAACUGCUUUCUUGAAAAACUUGAUUGUGUCACAAAACCCCUUUGUUCAUAGUUUAUUUUGACGCUUUCAUUGAUUAAAAUGCUUUUUGAAGAGGAUUUCUACCCAAGUUUCGUCAUUUCGUCGCUCUUACAUUGCUCGUAAAGUAAGCAUACUCAAAACUUGUGUGCGCGCUGAGAUCACGCCGAGGAAUAAGUUAAAGGCGAUGAAAAAAAAAAUGCUGCCACUGCCAGGCUACUUACAUUGGUAAAACCGGCAGAAACCUUAGCAUGCGACUGACUGAACACAAACGAGCGACGAGAAAUGGUAAUGUCAACAAUCACAUUGCUGAGCACCAUUUACAGACGAAACUUCUAAUCGACUGGGACUCUGCGACAUGUAUUACAUAUUCUACAGACUACUAUACAACGGCUCAGUGUAGAAAGCUGGUUUAUUGACUUGGAACCAACGCCACUGAAUAGCAGUCAGUAACCGGCACCGUACAAACGACUUAUUGACGGAAUCAAGCAAAACUAACCACGAGAGAACAAAUGGACAACUGACAAUUUGACUAACAAUAAACGACUGUUUAACUGUGAUGAUAGACGGAUCGAAACGCACCAAUGAUAUUACGAUUCUUCAUAGCCAAUAACAUCACGGCUUCACUGACAGACGACCAAUAACAUCGCGACUUAAUUGACCAACCAGGUCAAUAACCAGAUUUGAAUACCAUCAACUGACUUUAUAGAACUCACCUUGACUCUGAAGAUGGCUAGCGCACAGGCUGUCGAAACGUCACUCACUGUCAACAGCAACAGUCCUAUUCAGGACUACGUUCUGUACACCCUGACGAUCAAACUCAACCUACUUAUGAAAUGACUCCUGGGUUCAAACCUUUCACACCAUUUCUUUAUUUAUUUCGGUGUAAAUUUAGGUGAUGAGUUGCUCAUGCGCAUGCCUUAAUUUCAAGCGAGUGUGCAACAUGUCGCGAUGAAUUUGUUGAGGGGCAAAUUGGGUAUUUGUUACAUGUUCUGAGAGGUCGCACAGGAAACUAGGUCAAAAAGAUUAUCAUGGACCCACAUUGAAAUUAAUUACAACACCAGUCAGUAUCGUGCAACUACAAAAUGGCCAAUAAAUUAAAGCUAGAAUCUUGGACAGAAAUGUUAAGGAAAAUUAAAUGGACGUGCUUAAGUCUAAUUUCAAGAUAGAGCUCUUUACUGCAAUGAUUUCGAGGUUAAGUACAUUAUAAGUAUUUCAACAGGAGCUCAGCUUUUCUCAGUCCUUGGCUAAGUUUCUACGUUACAAAAGACCAAAAUGUUUUGCGCAUUCAAGGGUAUGUCAUAACAUUUGCAAUACAUCCUUUAAAGAGGACGACUUUAGUCUUUUAGACUUCUAGUCCCGUGUUGAUUGCCUAAGAGUGUGUAAAAGUCUUGCUUAAAACAAUGUUUUCUUUUCUUUUUUUUUUCUUUCCGUUUAUCCAGAGCCAAAUGCUCCACCAUCUGAUGUCCAAGGUCGGAACACCAGUUCUACCAGUAUUUUGGUUGAGUGGGAUGAAGUUCCCCCAGCUGAUCAAAAUGGCAUUAUACUGAGUUACACAGUUACCUACAAAGAGCCUCCUGAUGGCAGUCCACAAGCCAAGGUAGUGGAUGCUCCAAUAACUCAAGCAAAUCUAACAGGACUCAAUGAAUACACCAACUACAGCAUUACAGUGUUCGCCUCUACUGUGAAGGGAGAUGGAAAUGCUAGUGCACCUAUUGUUGUAAUCACGGAUGAAGAUAGUAAGUUUAUCGUUGUUUUAGAAAGUAUUUCAUCAUAAGAGAUCACUUGCUUCAAAUGGCUGCUGGUCACGGGUCUGUGAGAUAUAAUACACACCUCCCUCCUCCCUCCCAUUCAAAGUUGUUCCUCCAAGUUUUGAGCAUGGUCUUCUAUUGCUAGCAACUUUAAUAAGGGUUGGAGGGGAGAUCACAAGCACAAAAUCGUGGACAGGCCAUUUAUGCCAAAAUACGGUAGAGUGUCUCUGGUACUUUUGCAACUGGUUGCUUUGAUUUUUGCCCAAUAUUUCCAUUCAUAGCUGUGGAAAACGUUAAGUGUAGUGGCACUCUAAGCUGUACAAAAGUCUGGUACAAAUUUUUGACCGUAAGGGUUUUUUUUUCUUUCAGAGCCACAUGCCCCUCCAUCUAAAAUCCAGGGACACAACACAAGUUCUACCAGUAUUUUGGUUGAGUGGGGUGAAGUUCCCCCAGCUGAUCAAAAUGGCAUUAUACUGAGUUACACAGUUACCUACAAAGAGCUUCCUGAUGGCAGUCCACAAGCCAAGGUAGUGGAUGCUCCAAUAACUCAAGCAAAUCUAACAGGACUCAAUGAAUACACCAACUACAGCAUUACAGUGUUCGCCUCUACUGUGAAGGGAGAUGGAAAUGCUAGUGCACCUAUUGUUGUAAUCACGGAUGAAGAUAGUAAGUUUAUCGUUGUUUUAGAAAGUAUUUCAUCAUAAGAGAUCACUUGCUUCAAAUGGCUGCUGGUCACGGGUCUGUGAGAUAUAAUACACACCUCCCUCCUCCCUCCCAUUCAAAGUUGUUCCUCCAAGUUUUGAGCAUGGUCUUCUAUUGCUAGCAACUUUAAUGAGGGUUGGAGGGGAGAUCACAAGCACAAAAUCGUGGACAGGCCAUUUAUGCCAAAAUACGGUAGAGUGUCUCUGGUACUUUUGCAACUGGUUGCUUUGAUUUUUGCCCAAUAUUUCCAUUCAUAGCUGUGGAAAACGUUAAGUGUAGUGGCACUCUAAGCUGUACAAAAGUCUGGUACAAAUUUUUGACCGUAAAGGUUUUUUUUUCUUUCAGAGCCACAUGCCCCUCCAUCUAACAUCCAGGGACACAACACAAGUUCUACCAGUAUUUUGGUUGAGUGGGGUGAAGUUCCCCCAGCUGAUCAAAAUGGCAUUAUACUGAGUUACACAGUUACCUACAAAGAGCUUCCUGAUGGCAGUCCACAAGCCAAGGUAGUGGAUGCUCCAAUAACUCAAGCAAAUCUAACAGGACUCAAUGAAUACACCAACUACAGCAUUACAGUGUUUGCUUCUACUGUGAAGGGAGAUGGAAAUGCUAGUGCACCUAUUGUUGUAAUCACGGAUGAAGAUAGUAAGUUAAUCGUUGUUUUGGAAAGUAUUUCAUCAUAACAGAUCGCUGACGCUUAAAUAUAGUAAAAUACGGUACAUUGUUCACUGACAGUUCCGUAGCGGCGUAGAGUGGUUUUGGAUCGGUAGGUCUUGCUAUGUGAUGAUGAGACACUCCCAUAAAAAACGACCUUUCUUGCUUCAAAUGGCUGCUGGUCACGGGUCUGUGAGAUAUAAUACACACCUCCCUCCUCCCUCCCAUUCAAAGUUGUUCCUCCAAGUUUUGAGCAUGGUCUUCUAUUGCUAGCAACUUUAAUGAGGGUUGGAGGGGAGAUCACAAGCACAAAAUCGUGGACAGGCCAUUUAUGCCAAAAUACGGUAGAGUGUCUCUGGUACUUUUGCAACUGGUUGCUUUGAUUUUUGCCCAAUAUUUCCAUUCAUAGCUGUGGAAAACGUUAAGUGUAGUAGCACUCUAAGCUGUACAAAAGUCUGGUACAAAUUUUUGACCGUAAAGGUUUUUUAUCUUUCAGAGCCACAUGCCCCUCCAUCUAAAAUCCGGGGACACAACACAAGUUCUACCAGUAUUUUGGUUGAGUGGGAUGAAGUUCCCCCAGCUGAUCAAAAUGGCAUUAUACUGAGUUACACAGUUACGUAUAAAGGGCUUCCUGAUGGCAGUCCACAAGCCAAGGUAGUGGAUGCUCCAAUAACUCAAGCAAAUCUAACAGGACUCGAUGAAUACACCAACUACAGCAUUACAGUGUUUGCUUCUACUGUGAAAGGAGAUGGAAAUGCUAGUGCACCUAUUGUUGUAAUCACGGAUGAAGAUAGUAAGUUAAUCGUUGUUUUGGAAAGUAUUUCAUCAUAACAGAUCACUGACGCAAAAAUAUAGUAAAAUACGGUAUAUUGUUCACUGACAGUUCCGUAUCUCCGUAGCGUGGUUUCGGAUCGGUAGGUCUUGUGAUGUGAUGUUGAGACUCUCCCAAGUAAAAACGACCUUUCUUGCCUCAAAUCGCUGCUUGUCACGGGUCUGUCAUAUAUAACACUGACCUCCCUCUUCCCCCCAUUCAACGUUCUUCCUCCAAGUUUUCAGCACGGUCUUGUAUUGCUAGCAACUUUGAUAAGGGGUGGAGGGGGGAUCACAAGCACAAAAUCAUGGACAGGCCAUCUAUGCCAAAAUACGGUACAGUGUCUCAAGUACUUUUGCAACCGGUUGCUUUGAUUUUUGCCCAACAUUUCCAUUCAUAGCUGUGGAAAACGUUAAGUGCAGUGGCACUCUAAGGGAAAGAUAAGUCUGGUACAAAUAUUUUGACUGUAAAGGUUUCCUUUUCUUUUAGAGCCACAUGCCCCUCCAUCUAACAUCGAAGGACACAACACAAGUUCUACCAGUAUUUUGGUUGAGUGGGGUGAAGUUCCCCCAGCUGAUCAAAAUGGCAUUAUACUGAGUUACACAGUUACCUACAAAGAGCUUCCUGAUGGCAGUCCACAAGCCAAGGUAGUGGAUGCUCCAAUAACUCAAGCAAAUCUAACCGGACUCAAUGAAUACACCAACUACAGCAUUACAGUGUUUGCUUCUACUGUGAAGGGAGAUGGAAAUGCAAGUGCACCUAUUGUUGUCAUCACGGAUGAAGAUAGUAAGUUAAUCGUUGUUUUGGAAAGUAUUUCAUCAUAACAGAUCGCUGACGCUUAAAUAUAGUAAAAUACGGUACAUUGUUCACUGACAGUUCCUUAGCUCCGUAGCGUAGUGUUGGAUCGGUAGGUCUUGCUAUGUGAUGAUGAGACACUCCCAUAAAAAAACGACCUUUCCUGCUUCAAAUGGCUACUGGUCACGGGUCUGUGAGAUAUAAUACUCACCUCCCUCCUCCCUCCCAUACAAAGUUGUUCCUCCAAGUUUUGAUCAUGCUCUUGUUAUUGCUACCAACUUUGAUAAGGGGUGGAGGGGAAAUCACAAGAAACAAAAUCAUGGACAGGCCAUUCAUGCUAAAAUACGGUACAGUGUCUCAAGUACUUUUGCAACUGGUUGCUUUGAUAUUUGCCCAACAUUUCCAUUCAUAGCUGUGGAAAACGUUAAGUGUAGUGGCACUGUAAGUCGUAGAUAAGUCUGGUAUAAUUUUUUGACCGUAAAGGUUUUUUUUUCCUUUCAGAGCCACAUGCCCCUCCAUCUAACAUGCAGGGACACAACACCAGUUCUACCAGUAUUUUGGUUGAGUGGGGUGAAGUUCCACCAGCUGAUCAAAAUGGCAUUAUACUGAGUUACACAGUUACCUACAAAGAGCUUCCUGAUGGCAGUCCACAAGCCAAGGUAGUGGAUGCUCCAAUAACUCAAGCAAAUCUAACAGGACUCAAUGAAUACACCAACUACAGCAUUACAGUGUUUGCUUCUACUGUGAAGGGAGAUGGAAAUGCUAGUGGACCUAUUGUUGUAAUCACGGAUGAAGAUAGUAAGUUAAUCGUUGUUUUGGAAAGUAUUUUAUCAUAACAGAACACUGACGCAAAAAUAUAGUAAAAUACGGUAUAUUGUUCACUGACAUUUCCGUAUCUCCGUAGCGUGGUUUUGGAUCGGUAGGUCUUGUGAUGUGAUGUUGAGACUCUCCCACGUACAAACGACAUCUCUUGCCUCAAAUCACUGCUUGUCACAGGUCUGUGAGAUAUAAUACUAACCUCCCUCCUCCCUCCCAUUCAAAGUUGUUCCUCCAAGUUUUCAGCAUGAUCUUGUAUUGCUUGCAACUUUGAUAAGGGGUAGAGGGGGACCACAAGCACAAAAUCAUGGCAGCCCCUUUAUGCCAAAAUACGGUACAGUGUCUCAAGUACUUUUUCAACUGGUUGCUUUGAUUUUUGCUCAACAUUUCCAUUCAUAGUAGUGUAAAACGUUAAAUGUAGUAGCACUCUAAGCCGUAGUUAAGUCUGGUACAAUUUUUUUCACCUUAAAGGGUUUCCUUUCUUUCAGAGCCACAUGCCCCUCCAUCUAACAUCCAAGGACACAACACCAGUUCUACCAGUGUUUUGGUUGAGUGGGGUGAAGUUCCCCCAGCCGAUCAAAAUGGCAUUAUACUGAGUUACACAGUUACCUACAAAGAUCUUCCUGAUGGCAGUGUAGAAAGCAAGGUAGUGGAUGCUCAAGUAACUCAAGCAAAUCUAACAGGACUCAAUGAAUACACCAACUACAGCAUUACAGUGUUUGCCUCUACUGUGAAGGGAGAUGGAAAUGCUAGUGCACCUAUUGUUGUAAUCACGGAUGAAGAUAGUAAGUUAAUCGUUAUUUUGGAAAGUGUUUUAUCAUAAUAGAUCGCUGACGCUUAAAUAUAGUAAAAUACGGUACAUUGUUUACUGACAGCUCCGUAGCAGAGUAGAGUGGUUUUCGAUCGGUAGGUCUUGUUUUGUGAUGUUGAGACACUCCCAUAAAAAAACGACCUUUCUUGCUUCAAAUGGCUGCUGGUUACGGGUCUGUGAGGUUUAAUACUGACUUCCCUCCUCCCUCCCAUUCAAAGUUGUUCCUCCAAGUUUUGAGCAUGGUCUUUUAUUGCUAGCAUUUUUGAUAAGGGUUGGAGGGGGGAUCACAAGCACAAAGUCAUGGACAGGCCAUUUUUGCCAAAAUUCCUCUACAGUGUCUCAAGUACUUUUGCAACUGGUUGCUUUGAUUUUUGGCCAACAUUUCCAUUCAUAGCUGUGGAAAACGUUAAGUGUAGUGGAACUCCAAGCCCUAGAUUAAGUCUGGUAUAAUGUUUGACCGUAAAGGUUUUUUUUUCUUUCAGAGCCACAUGCCCCUCCAUCUAACAUCCAGGGACACAACACAAGUUCUACUAGUAUUUUGGUUGAGUGGGGUGAAGUUCCCCCAGCUGAUCAAAAUGGCAUUAUACUGAGUUACACAGUUACCUACAAAGGGCUUCCUGAUGGCAGUCCAGAACGCAAGGUAGUGGAUGCUCCAAUAACUCAAGCAAAUCUAACAGGACUCGAUGAAUACACCAACUACAGCAUUACAGUAUUUGCCUCUACUGUGAAGGGAGAUGGAAAUGCUAGUGGACCUAUUGUUGUAAUCACGGAUGAAGAUAGUAAGUUACUCCUUGUUUUGGAAAGUUUUUCAUUAUAAUAGAUCGUUGACGCUUAAUUAUAGUAAAAUACGGUAUAUUGUUUACCGACAGUUCCGUAGCUUCGUAGCCUUGUUUUGGAUCGGUAGAUAAUGUUGAGACACUCCCACGAAAAAACGACCUAUCUUGCUUCAAAUCGCUGCUGGUCACUGGUCUUUGAGAUAUAAUACUGACCUCCCUCCUUCCUCCCAUUUAAAGUUGUUCCUCCAAGUUUAGGGCAUGGUCUUCUAUUGCUAGCAAUUUUGAUAAGGGUUGUAGGGGGGAUCACAAGCACAAAAUCAUGGACAGGCCAUUUAUACCAAAAUACGGUACAGCGUACCAAGUACUUUUGCAACUGGUUGCUUUGAUUUUUGGCCAACAUUUCCAUUCAUAGCUGUGGAAAACGUUAAGUGUAGUGGAACUCUAAGCCGUAGAUAAGUCUGGUACAAUUUUUCGACCGUAAAGGUUUUUUUUUUCUUUCAGAGCCACAUGCCCCUCCAUCUAACAUCCAGGGACACAACACAAGUUCUACUAGUAUUUUGGUUGAGUGGGAUGAAGUUCUCCCAGCUGAUCAAAAUGGCAUUAUACUGAGUUACACAGUUACCUACAAAGGGCUUCCUGAUGGCAGUCCAGAACCCAAGGUAGUGGAUGCUCCAAUGACUCAAGCAAAUCUAACGGGACUCAAUGAAUACACCAACUACAGCAUUACAGUGUUUGCUUCUACUGUGAAGGGAGAUGGAAAUGCUAGUGCACCUAUUGUUGUAAUCACGGAUGAAGAUAGUAAGUUAAUCAUUGUUUUGGAAAGUAUUUCAUCAUAAGAAAUCACUGAGGCUUACAUAUAAUAAAAUACGGUAUAUUGUUCACUGACAGUUCCGUGCCUCCGUAGCGUGGUUUUGGAUCGGUAGGUCUUGUUUUGUGAUGUUGAGACACUCCCACGAAAAAAACACCUUCCUUGCUUCAAUUCCCUGCUGGUCGCGGGUCUGUGAGAUAUAAUAGUGACCUCCCUCCUCCUUGCCAUUCAAAGUUGUUCCUCCAAGUUUUGAUCAUGCUCUUGUUAUUGCUACCAACUUUGAUAAGGGGUGGAGGGGGGGAUCACAAGCACCAAAUCAUGGACCGGCCAUUUAUGCCAAAAUACGGUACAGCGUAUCUAGUACUUUUGCAACUGGUUGCUUUUAAUUUUUGGCCAACAUUUCCAUUCAUAGCUGUGGAAAACGUUAAGUGUAGUGGCACUCUAAGCCGUAGAUAAGUCUGGUAUAAUUUUUUGACCGUGAAGGUUUUUUUUUUCUUUCAGAGCCACAUGCCGCUCCAUCCAACAUUCAGGGACGCAACACAAGUUCUACCAGUAUUUUGGUUGAUUGGGGUGAAGUUCCCCCGGCUGAUCAAAAUGGCAUUAUACUAAGUUACACAGUUACCUACAAAGAUCUUCCUGAUGGCAGUCCACAAGCCAAGGUAGUGGAUGCUCCAAUAACUCAAGCAAAUCUAACAGGACUCGAUGAAUACACCAACUACAGCAUUACAGUGUUUGCUUCUACUGUGAAGGGAGAUGGAAAUGCUAGUGCACCUAUUGUUGUCAUCACGGAUGAAGAUAGUAAGUUAAUCGUUGUUUUGGAAAGUAUUUCAUCAAAACAGAUCACUGACGCUUAAAUAUAGUAAAAUACUUUAUGUUGUUCACUGACAGUUCCGUAGCUCCGAAGCGUAGUGUUGGAUCGGUAGGUCCUAUAAUGGGAUCAUUAGGUGGAGAUGGCGAGAAUUUAGCUGCUAUUUGAAUUUAAUUUGUUGGUUGUUGAGAUGAAGGCAGUAUAUAUGUUGUAAAAGUGCUUUUUGUAUAUUUUUGCCCUUCUUGAAGAACGCGGUAAGGUUUGAAAGAACAAGGGAAACUGUCGAUGUUAAGACUUAUGCACCUAUCAAUGUAAACCCCGUGGGGGGGGGGGGGGGGGGGGGCAAGGGGUGGGGGGUUUAUAAAUUUUAAAAUUUUUUACACAAAUUCCCCCGGGGGGGAAAAAAAAAGGUAAAAAAAAAGUGUAAAAAAACCCCCACCCCCAGGGGAAAAUGUUAAAAAAAAAAAGUAUAAAAAAUAAUAAAAAAUUUGUUGUUGUGUUAGUAGUGAGGUUUUUUUUUUGUUAAAUUGUUUUUUUUUUUUUUUUUUCCUUUUUUGAAAGAACGGGGUAGUUGUAAAGAAAAAAGGGAAACUGGUUGUGGUGAAAUUUUUUUAACCCAACAGAGGAAGCGCGGGGGGGGGGGGGGGGGGAGUGCGGGCAAGGGGUUGGGAUUUGACAAAUUUUAAAAGUUUUUGAUCAAAUUCCCUAGGGUGGGAAACGAAAGGUCAAUCAAAAGUGUCAAAAAAGCCCCCACCCCAGGGGGAAAAAUCUAAACAAACAUUACUAUCAUACUGUAUAAAACGAAUUAAAAGAACAUAUCAACAGUACGUCCUUACUAAACGUAAGCUCCGUUAAAUUACUCACUGUAAUUAAGUAUUUUCUCUCUCCACUAGCAUCUCUUAUUUUGAACAACAAAAUCACUCUAGGAAGAUUGACCGUGCUAUUAUAAAAUUAAUGAAACGUAAAAUGCUUCAUAACAUCUGCUCAUUACUCAGUCAUUAGCAUUAGUCAUUCACAGGUAAUUUCUCAAGUUUCAUCGCGUAACUGGUAUUUUUAACAAAAUGAACGAGACAGACUUGGCACAGCUCCUUUAAGAAUGCAUUUGAUCAAUUUGUCUCUCUUUUUUUUCUCAACAGAACCCAAUGCUCCUCCAUCUAAUAUCCAGGGACACAUCAUAAGUCCUACCAGUAUUUUGGUUCAGUGGGGUGAUGUUCCCGCAGCUGAUCAAAAUGGCAUCAUACUGAAAUACACAGUUACCUACACAGCUCUUCCUGGUGACAAUGAACAAACCAAGGUAGUCAAUGCCCCAACAACUGAAGCAACACUGACUCGUCUUAAUGAGCACACCAACUACACGAUCACAGUGUUUGCCUCUACUGUCAAAGGAGAUGGAAAUGUCAGUGAACCUAUCACUCGUCGUACUGAUGAAGACAGUGAGUUUUCCAAUUGUUGAAAUUUUUGUAAAUUUUAUUUAAAUUGUAACUUGUUUACCCACGGAGCACUUGAGAGUUCUUAUGAACUCGUUGAAACGUGUCCGUGCGUUCCAGAUCGAAUUGGAAUUUGGAGUGUUGGUUUUUAGGGAGAGGGGAAAUUCGGAGUACCCGGAAAAAAACCAGUUGGAGCAUGGGAGAAUUUUGUACAAAUAUCUAUUCGUAGCAGAAAUACAACAUAUGAUAAGAGUUGCUCCUUGCUCUUUUACAAAGUAAUGUUUUUCACAGAGUGUAGCAAAUUAGUAAUCUUUUGUGUUUUUUUUCUCGACCAUUAUUGAGCUAUUUUGAAAAAAUAGCUCAUAUGUCAGUGGUGUGAGCGUAUGUAUCUUUGUGGCUUUGUAUCUUUGUAACUUUGUAACUUUGUAACUUUGUAACUUUGUAUCUUUGUAACUUUGUAUGUUCGGAUGUUUGUUGCAAGAGCCAAUAAGGUUGAAGGUACUAUGAGUUGAUGCUAAGGAACCAAUGAGAUCUUGGCAUCUACUUAAAAAUCACAUUGCUAAAGGUCGAACAAGGGCACUUUAAGACCGCCAUCUUGAUUCUUUACAAUUUGUUCGUCUUUUAUUACGGCUACAGGUGUUUGGAAACAUUAUAUUAAAUAUCUUCAUGAUUCAAACGCUGUGUACAGUGAUGCAGCUGUUUAAGGGUUCAUAUUUUAGUGUGGAUGCUACUUCAAGACAUUUCUGACCGAAUUCGGCUAUCGCGAACGGUACCACGCACGUAUUUAUGAGUUGUGUUUCACCUGCUUCAAGGUAGAGUAUAAACGAUCAUAUAUUUUCAAAGCUCUUCCAGUGAAGCAAUAAUUGAUAUUUAGAUAUGGACUUUAAUUCGAAAGUAUGCGGCCUAUAAAAUGUGGUUUUAGAAGUUUGAAAAGCAGCUUAUUUUUUUAAAAGCUGUACCGAGUAUUGUUAAUCCUGUAAACAAGCUGUAGAAAUAUUAUUCUCUCGCUUACAAAGUUCAACAGACCUUUUUCGUUCCGGCAAAACAACAACAAAAAGGAAUAAUAAGUGAACAACAUGAUACAUCCUUCCUGCAUACUAAGCAUUAUAGUUAUUGAAACGUAUUUUAUUUAGUAAAGAUGCGUAUAAACUUAAGUAGAAACAGUAGCGUUAGGGAAUAAAAUUGGAAGAAGCUAGUUGACACAAUAAUUAGGUACUGCUUUAUUGAGUGGAGUAACAUGAUAUGAGCAGAAAUAUAUUUCGGCAGUUUGAUAAUUUUCUUGGAAGUUAAUAAAUGUUAGGCUAUCAACCUUGACGUUGCAUGAAACAUAAUUUAAUUGCAGAUGUUGUAAUAAGGCCGAGGUGAUUUCUUAAAAUCGCUUGAGAAAAUUUUGUAGUAAACAAUUUGCGUUUUUUUUAAGUACGAAUUGUAAAAGGGCCAAAGACCAACAUCUUCACAUGCAAAUCGUGUGCAUGAGUUAUUUUUAUAAUUCUGUUUACUCGAUUACUGUGUGAUAACUCGAAUUCCCUCACGUACGAACCACGGAAGGGGGCAAAGUCCAACACUUUCACGUGCCAUCUGUGUGACUGUACAUCUCAUGCAGAUUGGCUUUUCACAAUAGUAAUAGUGACUUGAACGUAUAAAGACCUGUUUCGUUUAGUAACCAAUGCCCUAAAAAAGGCUCUUGUCUUUUAAGAAGCAAUAGCUUUUAAAACAUGAAGAAAUAAGUUGUCGGAGUUAAAGACUGUCUCACAAAUGUUAAUAAAUGUUAGGUUAUCAACCUUGACGUUGCAUGAAACAUAAUUUAAUUGCAGAUGUUGUAAUAAGGCCGAGGUGAUUUCUUAAAAUCGCUUGAGAAAAUUUUGUAGUAAACAAUUUGCGUUUUUUUUAAGUACGAAUUGUAAAAGGGCCAAAGACCAACAUCUUCACAUGCAAAUCGUGUGCAUGAGUUAUUUUUAUAAUUCUGUUUACUCGAUUACUGUGUGAUAACUCGAAUUCCCUCACGUACGAACCACGGAAGGGGGCAAAGUCCAACACUUUCACGUGCCAUCUGUGUGACUGUACAUCUCAUGCAGAUUGGCUUUUCACAAUAGUAAUAGUGACUUGAACGUAUAAAGACCUGUUUCGUUUAGUAACCAAUGCCCUAAAAAAGGCUCUUGUCUUUUAAGAAGCAAUAGCUUUUAAAACAUGAAGAAAUAAGUUGUCGGAGUUAAAGACUGUCUCACAAAUGUUAAUAAAUGUUAGGUUAUCAACCUUGACGUUGCAUGAAACAUAAUUUAAUUGCAGAUGUUGUAAUGAAGCCGAGGUGAUUUCUUAAAAUCGCUUGAGAAAAUUUUGUAGUAAACAAUUUGCCUUUUUUUUAACGUACGAAUUGUAAAAGGGCCAAAGACCAACAUCUUCACGUGCAAAUUGUGUGCAAGAGUUAUUUUUAUAAUUCUGUUUACUAGUUUAUUGUGUGAUAACUCGAAUUCCCUCACGUACGAACCACGAAAGGGGACAAAGUCCAACACUUUCACGUGCCAGCUGUGUGACUGUACAUCUCAUGCAGAUUGGCUUUUCACAAUGAUAAAUAGUAACUUGGACGUAUGAAGACCUGUUUCGUUUUGUAACCAAUGCCUUAAAAAAGGCUCUUGCCUUUUAAGAAGCAAUAGCUUUUAAAACAUGAAGAAAUAAGUUGUCGGAGUUAAAGACUGUUUCACUGAGUAGAAUCGCACGUGAAAACCUCGUGAAUUAUGAUGACGCAACCAUCUACCUCAAUGAUAAAAAUCCUGGUAUUUCGUAACUAUUCAGUAUUCGAUGAGUCACAUUUUGGCUUAAGAAACUCCGAGGAAACCUUAGAGUUUUCCCUCUAAUCAACGUUUGGUGAGUAGAAAUUUAUUUUACUUUAGCAAUUUGUUUAACUUCCACCAGAUGUAACUGGGAAAGACAGAGGAAAGUGAAUACAUAGGUUGAGGAUCGACUCAGCUGAGCGUUUCGCGUUUUCAUUUAUGUAGCGCAAUACCCAAUUUCGCACAAAAGCCAAAUCUACAUUUAGGAUGAAAAAGGUAGAUUCAUCACUCUUGGUAAGGUUACACCGAAGUAUUAUAGUUACACUGAAGCAUUCAAAAUAGCUCAUGCACGUUGAACGUGCCUAUGUUAUUUUCUGACGUAGUUAAAAGACACGUCCUUCCGUAUCAUCUGAAGAAUUAUGCAGAUCUCUUAUUAUCCUCCUCGAUCCACAUUGCGGUAAAUGAUCUAAUUGACACCCGAGAGGUUUAUUUAACAAUUAAUAAAUACGGCCUCGACGGAUAACACCCUCCGAGAUCUCCAUAAUUCUUCAUAUGAUACGAAAGUCGAAUUCAAUAAUUGUUUUAUUAUUCAUUCAAAAUAAUUCCUAGUUUAAAAACAUGGUUAAAACAUGCUAACCUCCAUCGAUCCAUCGAUGUUAAGUUCAUUUCGAUAGUGCACGCUUAGGUUUGUCCAGCACCGCAAAUAUUCUCCAAAUAGCAGACGUCGCCCUUGUUUUCUUGCUGUUCUUCCCAUGUUUUUAGCUAUGUUUUCGACUAGUUCUUACUCUUGAAACGAGUGAAAUGCCCGCCAUUUUUCAAGUUUACAAUCAAAACAACUCAACCUCGUCCCCAGGUCUUCUCGGUUAACGGUGCCUUAACCUGCGAAAACGCUGCAUUUUUGACGUCAUUUCCUCGUUAAACACAAAAUUCUUCCAAAUUUGGUCAUCAGUAACUGGUUAUGGUGAAUUAAACGAGUGCUUUUAGCCAAUCAGAAUCGGGAAAUUAUUUUGAAUGAAUAAUAAUAAACUUUAACGGUCCAAGGAGUCGUUUAUUUUCAUAUCUGUAACAAGUUCAACAAAACCAAUAUGAUUUCGACGAAAAUAUCAAAAGAGUUUAACAAUAGCGGAAUAUCCAGUCCAUCAAUUGAUACGACUAGGCCGUCUUGAGAUCCCUAUCACUCUUUCAAAUCUCAACUGAGCAAAUGCAACGAUGUCACAAUACUCGCCGAGAGUCAUUGUGUCGUUAGUCCAUCCUUAUUUGAACUUGAUAGUGAAUAAGAUAUAAUGCACAAGAAACUGAACAAAUUGAAUGAUUUUGAUCCUUUUUUCCAGUUCCUAGUAUUUUGAAGUAAAUGUCACAGGGAACGUUUAUUACAGAGGGGCGUCUUAUACAAACUUAACAUCGUAGAGCUGGCGUUUUUCAGAUAAGAGGCGUUUAUUUGAGAGUUGGCGUCUAUUAGAUCAUUUACGGUAUUCUUCAGACCAUAGAGCUCUUUCAUAAUGGCGGCUCUUUUAAUAUAUUCUUUUAUAUGUAUGAUAAUGAGCCUCUUUGAUGUGCAAAUUACAAAAUAAUUCUUACUUUCAAACGAGAUCAGAAGGGCUCAUUUAUAUCUAACCGAUUUUUUAAAAACCAACCUAAGGAAAUUUGCAGUCAUUUGAGUGAAAAGGCGUCAAAAGGAAGGUUUCUUAAGUCCGAGAAGCUCCAAAAUCACAGGAAAAGGAAAAGGAGAAAAAGAAGGAGCGAGGAGAAGGAAAGGAGGAGAAGAGAAAAAAGGCAAUGGUUGCAUUCUUAGUUUUUCACUAAUAGCGACUUUGGAGUUUUUGGCCGAAAAGAACUGUUGGACGCAAAAGGUCCAUUUGGCGAUAACUUUUUCAAAAUCCGACUAAUGAUACAUACGAAAGAAUAAAUAAAUGGGCCACCAUUACGAAAGAAGUCUAUACUCAACUUUAUCCAAAAAUUUGCUACUAUUGUUUAUUCAAAAUAUUCCGCCGUUUCAGAUUGCUUCAAAUUCCCCGCCUAAUUCUUCAUAACCAGGUGGCAUUGACCAAAUUCUAUCGAAUACCAUCGAUUGAGUAGCCUCGUUUCCAGCCAAAUAUCGCAUCGAUCAACAAUCAAUCAAUCAACAACUUCAUUUAAGUGUCUAGUCUUCUAGCUUGCCGUCAGGCCUACUAAUCGGGGACACUACUUAAAUAGCUUAUUAAUAAGAAAUAUAUGUAAAUAAUACUAUAAGCUAAUAAGAUUUAACUAUUCUAAAACUACUUAAAAGAUACACGAUAUUCAAUAUGCUUCGAAAAUACACCUAUGUAAUAAAUAAGAAAAAACUAUAUAUACAAUUUCAUAAUAUAUCAACUCUACCAGUUAUGAUAUUUCCUGUUUAUGAAUUAUGAGUCACACAGGUGGCACCCUUUGCAUGCGUUAUCACUAACCAAUUUGCUCAGAUCUUUUCUCCUUAUAUUUGCUUUAAACCUGCUUAAGGAGGUCUCGUUUCUGUCCUUCAUACUCAAUUUUGACCAUAAAAAUGGCCCAAAAAAUCUGAGGGAAUGCUUUCCAUAUUUAACAGUUUUUACCCUUUGAACGUGAAAGUCCGAGUUCCUCAGGUUGUAAUUCGAAGACGAUGACGAGAAGAGUUCUAGUAUGUUGUAAGGCAGUAAUCUAUUCCUUAUUUUGAACAUAAAGAUAGCGAUAUCUUGUAAUCUCAUGUUAUAUAGACUAGUCAUUCCAGCGUGUGUAAGAAGGUCACCAUAAGGAGAGACUCGAUCUUUGAAGACUGUACGUAGUCCUCUCUCAUUAAUUCUCUCUAGCUUGUUUCUGUCGCUUGCUCGACAAAAGUGCCACACCAAGCUACAGUAUGUGAGAUGGGGUAAAACUGCAGUUUUAUAUAUCCGUAGUUUGGCGUUCAUCGGGAUCAGAUUCUUUAGCCUUUGAAGAACACCAAUCAUUUUACUGGUUUUUAUGCAGACCUCUGAUAUAUGCUGCGAGAAAUUCAAGUCCUUAUCAAUAAUUAUGCCUAGCAGUUUGAAUGCAUCGGUAAAGUUAAUUCUGCAAUCAUCAAUCACUAGCUCCAUUUGUUGUGUGUCCCUUGCUAUAGCCAUUGCUUGGUAUUUGCUAUAAUUGCCUUGCAGAAAAUUUGUCUUAUACCACCUCGAUGUCUCUUCCCCAUCUUCCUUAAUUCUAUCUAUAGCAGAGUGCAGAUUCAAAUUGGAGCAGUAGAUCUGAUGGUCAUCGGCAUAGGCAGACAACUGAGAUUUAACGCCAGUGUAGAAUAAAUCGUUUUGAUACACGUUCCACAACAGCGGUCCCAAGGAUGACCCUUGCGGGCAGCCUCGUUUGACAGCUUUCCAAUCACUUGUGUAGUUGCCAACUCUUGUUCUGUUUUCCCGAUCAUCAAAAUAAGAUCGCAUUAAUCCCAAAGCGGGGUCAGACAGCCCAUAGGCUUUUAACUUUGCCAGUAACAAAUUUGGAUGUAAUGAGUCAAAAGCUUUGCUCAUGUCCGUGGAUAAUAUCACUGAUGCAUGCCCUUUGUCUGCUGCAUGCUUCCAAUCUUCAGUAAGGCGUAUCAAGGUCGUUUCGCAGCUGAAGUGUUUGCGGUAAGCUGACAAAAAGGUAUCGAAAAUUGGCUCAAACUUUUCACUUAGUUGUUUGCAUAUUAGCUGCUCAAAGAUUUUAUCAACCGCAGUUAGCACGGUUACUGGUCUGUAAUUAACUUUAUCUAAGGGGUCUUCCUUCUUAUAAAUCGGGAUCCACUCUCCUCUUUUCCAGGCGCUGGGCCAACGAUUUUCCUCAAUAGCCUGAUUAAAUAUAGUAGUCAGUGGUGUUGCUAGCAGUUCUGCUGUCAUUUUAAGUACUCUUGGAGGUAACAUAUCAUAUCCUGUUGCUUUAUGGGGAUUAAUUUCUCUCAGUGCUGCGAGGACCUCAUUCCUAUCCAGUCUUCUGAAACUGAAUGUAUUUGGAUCGUGCCUGGCGUUUAUGCUCGCGACACUAUGAUGUUGAUAACAUAGAGCCUCUGUUAGAGCCCCUACGUCAGUCCCACCAAUGUGAUCAGCUAUCGAACAAAAGUAGUUGGUAAAUUCUUGUGCCACAAGCCUCUGGUCCUGGUGUGUAACACCUUCGAUGUUAAGAGAGAUUAAACUUUUGUCCUUUUUUGGUUUGGUCCUGAGGAACGGAGUAAAGGUGUUAUAGAAUUUUCUUGAGUUAUUAUUCAUGUCCUCGCAUAUGGCAUUCCAAUAAUUCUUGAUCGCCUUUCUUCUUAAUCGUGUAGCAUUAUUGCGCCAUUUCUUCAUUAACUCCAUGUUUUCUUUGGUUUUGCUUUGACUGAAUUUCUUGGCAUACUUUCUCUUUUUCCGGAUGGCUUCAUUCCAUUCACCCGUCAUGUAUGGUACGUCUAUCUUCCGUGCUUUAACUCUCUUUAAUGGGAGGUGUUUAUCCACAAUCCUCAUUUAAUUCCGUGUACCAAUUAUCAUAUAGCUUAUCAACUUCUGUCACAUUUUGUUUAAACCAUACCGCUUCCUCCAUACCGCAACCUCGUUUCAAGACGCGCCGAGAAGCCUAGCUUUCUAUUCCCGAGUGAACUUUAGAAAAUAUAUAUAUAUGGUGUUUACGGCUUUGUGAAGACGAAAUAGCUGAAUUUCUGGUUAAAACUGAACGGAAGAAUGCCAGAAUUUGCCAAACAUAAUGCUCGAUGGAUGUUGUCUACCAUUGAGGAGAACGUGUAAGGAAAGAAAACAUCUGUUUAUAUCCUGAAACCGUGCUAAAGUUUUGAAGAAAGUCUACGAAGAAGUGGCUUUGUUAAGAACUUAGAAAUGCUGUGAAUGAAUAUUGAAUUUAGCUUUCGUAUGAUGAAUUUUUUUGAAUUUAGCUUUCGUAUGAUGUGUAGAAUGUUGCAGAUCGAGGAGAGCGUUGUAAAACUAAGCCGAACACAUCCUACUCCGCCUCAUUCAAUAAUUGUUAAAUAAUCAAGGGGCAACUAAUUCCAAACGUGUUUUUUUUUUUUUACAGAACCUUCUGAGUCUCCGAAAAUAACCAGCGUGACAGUAUUAGACACUACCAGUGUUUUAUUGAAAUGGAAACCUGUUCCUCGAGCGUCCCAGAAUGGCAUUAUCAGAAAUUACACCAUACGCUUCAGAGACGUGGAAAAUAAAGGAAAUGGCACAGUGACCGUCAAAGCACCCGCUGUAAAUGCAACUGUUAAUGGACUGAGGCAGAAGGCAGAAUAUCGGUUUUGGAUUGCGGCCGCAACUUCAGUAGGUUAUGGACCAUUUAGUGACCCUAUAACGGCUACGACAAAAGGUAAAGGACACUACACAGCUACCCCUCGAAGCCGGGGGUGAGGGGGGUGUGGGGGGUUGAGGUUUGGAAAUGAAGAAUGGUCUAGUUCCUUGCACCGACCCUGAGGUAGAUAGUUGUUUUUGUAUUAAUCAAAUCUGUUUGAUAUAAAACAAAUAGAUAAAAAUAAUAUAAAUAAAUGAAAUAAAUUGAAAGUUCGUCAUUUUGUAAGAGCAUUGUUUACAAAUAUAUUUCAGGGAUCUCGUGAAAUGCAUUUGCAUGAUUCGCUAAACUGGUGUACCCGGAACCGUGGAAGAACCUCUCGGAGCAAGGCAGAGCUAGCCACAAGAUCAAACCAAAUGUGUCAUCAGCGCCGUAUUGCUAUUAUCACUGUUGCACCUUUUGCUUCUCGCGUGAGCGACAGGAGUUCAUUUAGCAUACCGUGUGGCAGGAAAUUUUUGCGGGUUCUAAUUUUUGCGAUUUUUGUGGUUUUUUUAGCGAUCCGCAAAAUAAGUUCCCGCAAAUAAAAAUUACCGCAAGCAUUUUAUCCGCAAAAAUUAACUCCAGAGUAAUUAUUCUUUAAAUUCAUCACACAAAAAUACAGUACUAAGAAAUCGUGGUUGUUCAUUCAAUUGCAACUUGCCUCUUUCAUUCAGAAACAAGACGGUAUACAAUGAAAUACUAGUUUAACAUAGGGUACGCAUACCGUAGUAUUGUUUGAAAAUAUGUAUUUCUUUCUGCACGUACUUAACAAAAACGAAAAUUUUAUCCAGGCUGGGUACUGGGUACUUCCUGAAAAUCGCAAAAAUUAAUUCCCAGCAAGAAAAACCACCUUGUAAUGAACGCAAAAAUUAGUUCCCGCAAAACACAAAAAAUCGCCAAUCCGCAAAAAUGCACUCUUGCAAAAAUUUUCUGUAGCUGAGACUCCCUGGAGGUGAUACUUUUAGGCACUUUGCGAAAAGCCCCCUUCUUCUACAAAGAGCCUCGACAAAAAUUGCCCGAAGCUAACAUAAAAGGAGGAACCAACACCAUUAUUUCAGAUACAUGUAUAUCAACAAAAAACGAUCGUUAAGGAGAAAAACUGAUUCGCGAUUCAGUUUCGCGUAUGAAAGACAAUUUUCAAGUUUCGAAAACCCACAUUCAUAAAAUGAGGCUCCUCAACUUAAAGAAGAAAGAAUUUAUCAACUCUGCACUUCUAAGUACUAAAUUGUUGUUGUUUGUUUGUUGUAGCCGUGCCGACACAAUCGCCGCCUCAAGGAGAUGCCAUUGGAACAAAUGAAGUUAAAGUGCCGUUUGUUAACAAGGCAACUUUAAGCAGUGGCAAGCCAGUUACGUAAGUCCGCCAUGUACUUUGCUUUACUCCACAAAGGAAAUUAAACUUCUAUUCGUUAAAAUUUAUGAGCCGUUGGAAAGAAUUUCUGCAGCCUUUUCAUCCGACUUCAUUGUCGCGGAGAAACCAUAGUAACUGCGGCGUCGCGGCGAAAUGUCGGCCAAGGGUAAGAUUUGGCAGGUCAAAGUGCACUAUGACUCUUUGACCUCAUAGACUUAAAGUGUUGCCUGCUUAGAAACUUUGGCGUGAAACAGGUUCAAAGUUAACUUUCAUGUGACCUCGAAGUAACCGCUUUCGGGAGAAUAAUUCCAUCAUAGUUAUCUAAAUAUACAUUGUAUUAUCUCUCUGUAGCCAUUUUCAGAUAAUCGUCACGCCAUUAAAGGGAAAAGAAGAUGACCCUGGAAACAGUGCGGAUUCUAAAUACGAAAAAGUCGACCGGACUUACGAAAAUCAAGAGGAAGGCAAGCCUUACAUUACUGCCGAGUUUCGAAAGGGUCUGUUUACAACAGAAUUCCCAGUUGGAGACGGGAAAUACUACUCACGAAACGAUGUAACCGACUCUAAAAGGAAACGCAGAGCUGUUGGUAAGUUGGCUCUAAACCCUGGGCUCACUCUCCCAUUUGGCCCAAAGGUGGAUGUGACUGACUGAGCCAGUCACACCAGACAGGGUAUGGGUAUUUGAUCUUGUGUCUUACACGGCGUACAGAAUUUCACCAAUUAGUGUCUUGAACAGGGUAUCGUCCAGCAACGAAUCUGCCUUGAACAGGGUUGAAUAGACAGAGCGUGAUCCAUAUGUAUGAUCUGUUUUCACAGGUUCAAUACGUUUACCCCGAUAUAACGAUAUUUUACACACGCCAAGUCAAAUAAACCAAGGAGAUGUUAAACAAAUAAAGUAUAUUUUGGUUAUGUUAAAAAAAGUUUCCUGUCCUUACUAGUAAGCGAGACUAUCAUUCGAAGCAAUUUUUUCUUUCUUUUCAUUGGCCGAAGGCCCACCACGUGACCUGGAAAUAACUGCCUACAAAUAAUGGUCUGCUCAUGUACAAUGCCGUCCAACAGUGUUUGGCUGCAAAUAAUAUUCUGCUCAUGCGUAAAGGAAACCGUGCUUUUCUCCUUCUUGCGAUCGCUCUUGCGUGAAAAUGGCAGAUCGCUUCGCUUCCCAAGGAUAUUCGUUAAAAAGCAAACUCGGUGAUCGAAUAAUCAAACAAUUAUUGAACCCGGUUACCGCAAAACAUCGUGAUUUGUCAGUGUCUCGCAGAUCAAUUAUUUGCCUCAGCCUUCGGCCUCGGCAAAUAAUUAAUCUGCUCGCGACAAAUCACGAUAUUUUGCUCAACCUCGUCCAAUAAUUGUUAAUUAGCGUCCCCACCCUUCCCACUCCUCCCCCAGUCUCAAAAGAAAGGGCUUGAUGGCUAAUAAUACUAACAAUACCAGCAUUUUGAUGUCAGAGGUUUUUUCUGCAUUGAUCUACCGUUACUUUAUUUCCACGGUGAAACUGUCGAAUGAACUCUGCCACUGAAAAGUUAUGCUGCUUCUCACUAAAGGAUGGUUUUCACUAGCGACGGAGUCCAAGUCGGAAUCGUAAGCGGGAGUCACUAGCACGACGGAAUCGGAGUCAGAAGAAUUAGAGCGUUUCUAUUUUCUUCCGAUUCCGCUUACGACUUCAUCGCUUACGUUCCGCUUAUGAUCUAGUGAAAACCAGCUUGUCAGGGACGGAAGCAAAAGCGGAAGGAUAGUGCAAUAUAAUCACAAUGCACGUUCCCACGCUUUGUGAUUGGUUUAGUUCUUCCGUGUCUGCUUGCAACUCCGACGACCCAGUUUUCACGUGAUCGUAAACGACGGCAGUCGUAAGCGGACUCACAAGAAUCACAACGCUGUUUUCACUAAAUCGUAAAGUUCUUUAGUCGUUUCUGAUUUCGACUCCGUCUCUGAUGAAAACCAGCCUUAAAUUCUGGCUAAACGAAAACCGCUCGGUGGACACACGUAGAGCCCCUCGGGGAGAUAUUCGUAUGGUAAGCCCAGUUCAAACGGACGCGGAUCAAUUUAAGUUUCUGGGAAACUGACCACCCACCCCUCCCCUAAGUCAACAUUAUCACUUACUUCCCACUUAGGGCAAACUAUUGGCUUAGGGGAGGGGUGGGUGGGCAGUUUCCCAGAAACCUAAAUUUAUCCACGGACGCAACAUUGUUGUUGUGUUGGAUGUUACAUCUUGCGUCCGUUUGUUCACCCUGGGACAUGUUGUUUACAACUUCCUAUGGGUUGGUUGUAACUUUUCCACGACACACUGCAGGUCCCAACAUUGGGUGGGAGUUGUUGCGUCCGUUUGCACCUAGCAUGAGAGUUCAGACAUCGAACACUGAUUUUCUAACCAUGAUGUUUCUUUGUUUUGCUUUACUAGUUGAAAAGUAUCUAAACGGAAAGCUUGACGAUGAUACCAAGUAUGCUGUAUUUCAGCGUUCCUUUGAUAAGGAUGAUAAUUACGAGAACGAGGGCUUUAUCAUAUUCACCACCAACAAGGACAACACGGCCGCUAUUGUAGUAGGGGUGGUUGUUCCGCUUAUUGUGUUGGCUGUUAUUGUAGUAGUAGUCAUCGUCUAUCUUCGUCGAAGAAACAAGGAUCAAGCCGUUGAUGGGGAAGACGUGCCCAUGAAUUCCAAGCCACACCGUACCAAAUCAGUCUCCGGGUUUUUNUAG